AUGCUGCAGGUACAUUUCUGCUUCCCUGUUCAUGUCGCGUGUGGUGUGUUUGCGCGACACAUCCUCUGUCUGUCUGAUUCGCAAUCACUCUCCCUCUCCUUCUCCAUCGCGGUCUUGUCCUACGUUUCCUCACCUUGCCAGUCUUCAGGGUCAGCAGCGCUGCAGGUGCCGCCAGCUCAGCGGCUGCUGCAGGAGGGGGGGUUAAUGCAGAGCGUGUACAGAGAAAUGGUGGCGACACAGCAGCGGGUGGUGGAGUUGGAGCAAGAGGUGCACAGACUGGACGAGCAGAACAAGCUGUAUAUCCAGGAGCACGCUCGCCUGCGUGGCUUGCUGGGGGAAUGGAGCGCCCAUGCUGCCAAGCUUGAAGCCGCCCUGUACCGCUCCCAGGUCCAUGCACAGAGAGAGGCAGAGAGGGAAGGGCGGAGAGGAGGCGCGGGGAGGGCGGGGACGAGCGACAGGCUGAGGGGAGGGCAGACAGGUGGAGGGAGAGUGGGAGGAGAGAGUGGGUCACAGGCAAGAGCGCAGGCACAGGCACAUGCAGGGGGGGCGGCGGGGGGAACGGCAGGGGGAGCAGCAGGGGGGGCGGCGGGGGGAACGGCAGGGGGAGCAGCAGGGGGGGCGGUGGGGGGAACGGCAGGGGGAGCAGCAGGGGUAGCAGGAGGGGGAGGAGCAGAUGGUGAGGCGGAUGGGCAAGGGGAGGGGGAUAUGGAUGGGGAAGAGAACGGACAGGUGAACGGGCAGCUGCAGGAAGGGAGGCAUGCCGAAGCGCCGCUCCGCGCGUUCAAAGCUCCGCGCAGCCACCUUACACGUGUCGCGUCCCUGCCGCGCGCGAAACAGCCCCCGGCGCAUUUCGCGAUUUCCGGCUCGCACGCCAGUCAAGUAUCUCGACUUGCUUAUUCCUCCCUCCCGCCGCUCAUCCCGCCGUUCAGCCCGCCGCUCCUUGCGCCGCAAUUUGCUCACGCGCAGUUCCCGCAGCCACCGUUCCGCGCUGUGCGCGGAAUGUCGUCCGGAGGCGCUGAGGCUGCGCCGGCAGGGGGAGGUGCAGGCGCUGGAGUUGCGCGCGUGGGGGGUGAAGGUGCAGCCGCGGUGGCCGCGUCAAGCGCGGGCGCAGCAGUUGGUGCGCCCGCGCUUGUCCCCCCCGCGCUCGUGGUGCUAGAGGGGGUGGCGGAGCGGGAGGGGGAGAUUGUUGCGACCGUGCGGAUAGGUGCGCGGGUGACUCGGGAAGAGGAGGGGCGCAGGGAUGCAGAGGGGCGAGGGGAAGGGGGGGAGGAGGGGGGAGAGUGCGCGGAGGGGCAUAAGGGAGUGCAGUCUCACGUGGUGCAGGUGAAGGCUGGGGCAGGCGUUACCCGUAAGGAACUAGAAGCGGCGGUGCUCUCUGCCCCCUUCGUGGCUUGGCUGCAGCAGAUGGCAGCAGGCAACGGGCUGCUGGGCGCGCAGGGGGGGUGUGACGGCGCCAAGUGUGCUUUGCACGGGGUGACAGUGCAGAGUGUGGACAUGUUUGGGGCGGGCAAGGUGGGAUUCGUCAAGUUCAAGGCUGACGUCACGGACGUUGCUACAGGCGCCAAGCUGCCAGGCAUAGUGUUCGCACGUGGCCCAGCAGUGGGAAUCUUCAUGCUGCUGCGCGUGGCAGCGCCACAGACACAAGGGGGCGGCCCACCCGAACCCCCCACUGACUAUGUUGUUCUUACAGAACAGGCGCGGGUGCCAGUGGGAAGAGUGCUGCUGGAGAUGCCAGCUGGCAUGCUGGACGGCAAUCACGGCGAGUUUGUCGGGACCGCAGCAAAAGAGGUGAAGGAGGAGACGGGUAUCACAGUGCAUCAUGACCAUCUCAUCAACCUCACCGCCUUCCUGGAACCUUCCACCGGACAACAGAUGCUGCCUUCCCCGGGUGGGUGCGAUGAGGGCAUCCUUCUCUUCCUCUAUCGAGCCACCGUAUCACCUGCUCGGAUAGCCAAGCUACAGGGCCGGCAGACGGGGCUACGGCACGAGGGGGAGCUGAUCAAGGUGCACGUGCGCCCUCUGGACUCCAUCUGGCGCCAGUCCGCUGAUUGCAAGGUGCUGGCGGCCGUGGUGCUGUAUCAGAACGCACUGAAGGAGGGGCUGCUGAGGGACGAGUUCCCUGCUGUGGAGGAGAGUGAUGGGGUCAGCAGCGAUGGGGAGUGA